AUGCGCAAGGGAAGAACAAAAGCUUCAAAUGAAGAUAAAACCGACAUAACAAAAAUACAAUCAAUUUCUCCCGACUCUAUAACUAGUUUUCUUAAAGACCGUCAUCAAAAUGACUCCAUUUAUUCCCGUAUAAAUCAGUCGGCGCUUGUUGCCAUCAACCCAUAUAAAGACCUUCCUGUCUUUAGUGAUGCUACUGUACAAGAAUAUGUUUCAGAUUAUAAAGAUACCUCUAAUCAAAGAACUAGAUUACCUCCGCAUGCUUUUCAACUUGCUUCGCAGGCAUAUUUACAUAUGCGAAGAACUGGUCAGGACCAAUCCAUCAUCUUGAGGCAAGUACUACAUUUUCCACUUACUACAUAUAUUACUGUCAUUCCACUCAAACAACUUGUCGCGCUGAGCGCAAAUCAAAAGAAAAAAUCGCGCGUUCAAACUCAAGUUCCUUCUUCAGAAUUUAUCCUUGAAUCAUUUGGGAAUGCAAAAACCUUACAGAAUAAUAAUGCCUCUCGUUUUGGAAAAUAUACUGAACUUCAAUUUAACGAACGAGGCAGAUUAAUCGGUGCAAAAACUCUUGAUUAUUUACUGGAUAAAAAUCGGGUAGCCAAUGUUUCAUCUAGUGAAAAAAAUUUUCACGUGUUUUACUAUUUUCUUGCCGGCGCCACUCAUGACGAAAAAGCUCACCUUCAUCUCACUGAACCUUCUCAAUAUCGCUAUCUUAAUGUUAAUAAACCGAUAAAAGGAUCAAGUAGUGUGGAUACGAACAAUUUCUCGGAACUAAAACAAGCCUUAAAAUCUCUGGGUUUUCAUACUAAACAUGUUGCAGAAAUGUUUAAACUUUUAGCAGCUAUAUUACAUCUCGGUAAUCUACAAUUUACACAAGAUCAAAAUAAACAUCAAGAUGCAGCUUUUGUCAAGAAUGUUGAUUUGCUUGACUUGGUUGCUGAUUUCUUGGGUGUAGAGACACGUGCACUCGAAACUGUUCUCACUUACAAAACAAAAUUAAUCAAAAAAGAAAUGUGUUCAAUCUUCUUGGAUCCUGAAAAUGCCGGAAUUCAACGAGAUGACUUGGCAAAAGCACUCUAUUCUUUAUUGUUCAGCUGGAUAGUCGAAUAUAUCAAUACCAAACUCUGUCACGAUGAUUUUGCCAGUUUUAUUGGUAUUGUUGAUCUUCUUGGUUUUCAAAAUUUAUCCACCAAUUCACUUGAUCAAUUUUGCGUUAAUUUCGCCAACGAAAAAAUACACAAUUUUGUCUUGCGCCAACUUUUCGAAGCAAAAGAUGAUGAAUAUAGCAGUGAGGGAAUUACUGGGAUUCCCGAAGUGCCAUUCUUUGAUAACACGGAAUGCCUUCAAAUGUUGACGAAACCAUCUACAGGCAUGAUUGCUAUUAUGGAUGAUCAGGCCAAUAAGUCAAAUCGUAAAACUGAUCAAACAAUGUUGGAUGCAUUCAAUAAAAAAUAUUCAGAACAUAAUUCUUAUACACCAACCGGAAAAAGUUUAAAUGCAUUACCUCAAUUCGGAAUCCAACAUUUUGCCGGACAAGUGACCUAUAGUUCCACCGGUUUUCUGGAGAAGAACAUUGAUAAUCUAAGUGGUGACUUCGUUACACUCUUCCGAGGUGGUGACGAAGUUGCGCCUUCCUAUAAUAGCUUUGUUGCUGGUCUCUUUACCGAUCAGGCAGUGGCAAUAGAAAUUCAUCCCCGUAAUGAUAAAACUAUCGUUGCAGCACAGCAAUCAGUUAAGCCACAGCGAGCACCGUCAAUGCGAAAAAAGAAAGAUCAACCACCCUCAUCAGAUAAAGGGGAUAAAGGAGAUAAAGGGAAACCAAAGGUCGCAUGUGUGGCUACUCAAAUUCAAGCUGCACUAGAUGAACUUUGUGAUACACUUGAAGAAACUACUCCUUGGUAUAUUUUCUGUAUACUUCCUAAUGACGCACAACUUCCUAAUAAAUUCGAUCAAAAAAUAGUCAAAAAUCAAGUGCGAUCAUAUGGACUAUCAGAAAUUGCAAAGAAAUUAAAAAUUGAGUAUACGAUAGGAUUCACACAUGAUGAAUUCCUCGAGCGUUAUGAUGGCAUUCUAGAAUCAUCAAAAGAACGUAAUCUUCGGGCAAAAGUAGAAGCAGCGUGCGCCAAUUUUGGUUGGAGCUCUUCAGAUAUGGCUAUCGGUCAGACUAAGAUCUAUUUGGACGAAACUGCAUGGCGUAGUUUAGAAGAUAGUCUACGUAGUCUUGAUAACGAAGAUAAACGAAAAAAGAAGGGACAAAAAGCCUAUCUCGGAACUCCAAGCGAUGAUGGUGUUUCUCGUCAUUCAUAUCCUUCAAAAGAAGAUUUAGUUGAGGGUCGUCUUCGUUCUCCUCCACGUCAAUAUGAAACUCAAUCCAAUGUAUCUGGAGAUGAUCGAUCAUAUGUCUCGGAAGAUGAUUAUUACCAAGAGGAAGCAUACAGUCAAUACGAUGAUGCAGCUUCUGCUUAUGGUUCUGAAGUGUAUGCACCAUCACAUAACAUGUUCCGAGAAAUGGAAAAAAUGCUACCAGAAGAAGAAAAACAAAUGGUUGAAGAGGAACUUGAUGAACAGCAUAGGGUUACUGCAGCUCGUAAGAAAUGGGUAUUUCUCACUUGGCUUCUCACUUGGUAUAUUCCAUCACCCUUUUUAAAGUGGUGUGGUGGCAUGAAACGAAAAGACGUUCAGAUGGCAUGGCGUGAAAAAGUCGCACUCUGUUUUAUUAUUUUCUUGAUUUCCUGUUCGGUCAUUUUCGUUAUUGCUGUUUUGGGAAGAUUAAUUUGUCCGCGUGUUUACAUUUAUAAUGAGGCUGAAUUAUCUCAGCAUAAUGUAAAGGAUAACAAAAAUAAUGUUUUGAUUUCUAUUCGUGGCGAAGUAUUCGAUUUAACGAAAUUUGCACCUCGCCAUUAUCCAGUCAAUCUUGUUGAUCAAAAAGCCCUUCUGGGAUAUGGCGGCGCAGAUGCUACAACAUUAUUCCCUGUUCAAGUGAGUGCUCUCUGUUCAGGUCCUAAUCCUGGUCAAGGUGGUGUGGAUCCCGCUGUUACCUUUGAUUUUAAUUUGAACAAUACAAAAGAUACAAAUGCACAAUAUCACGAUUUCCGAUUUUCCACCGAUGAUUAUCGUCCCGAUUGGUACUUUGAAAAAAUGAGAGAACUUCGAGCUAAUUAUCUCGUUGGCCACAAAGGUUAUUCACAACAGUCAGUUAAAGAUCUGGCUGUUUCUCGAUUAAAGCAAGUCGCUAUUCUUUAUGACAAUGUUUAUGACUUAACAACUUAUGUAAUUAACGGUCGUGGGGCUCUUGGACAAGGUGGUGUUCCUGUUGAUCACGACGUUGAUACAAACUUUAUGGAUAGUUUAAUAAUUGAUUUAUUCCGGCAAAAUUCUGGUCAAGACAUUACAAACCGAUUUAAGGCAUUACCUCUUAGUAGAGAAGGCCGUAGAUCUCAAUUGACAUGCUUACGUAAUCUUUUUUAUAUCGGUAAAGUCGAUCAUCGUAAUUCACCUCAAUGUUUAUUCUCCCGUUAUAUUUUACUCGUCGCUUCAGCAUUCUUGGUGGCUGUUAUUGCAUUUAAAUUCUUGGCUGCAUUACAACUCGGACCUAAACGAGAACCCGAAGAUCACGAUAAAUUUGUUAUUUGCCAAAUACCUUGUUAUACAGAAGGUGAAGAUUCUCUUAGGAAAACAUUGGAUUCUCUCGCUGUUUUACGUUAUGACGACAAACGUAAGCUUUUGUUCAUUAUCUGUGAUGGUAUGAUUGUUGGUAGUGGGAAUGAUCGACCUACACCUCGUAUUGUUUUGGACAUUUUGGGCGUUGAUCCUAAUGUUGACCCUGAACCCUUGAGCUUCUUGUCUCUCGGAGAUGGUGCCAAACAGCAUAAUAUGGGCAAAGUCUAUUCGGGCCUUUACGAAUGCAGUGGGCAUGUGGUUCCUUAUCUUGUUGUAGUCAAAGUCGGCAAACCAACAGAACGAUCUCGACCGGGUAAUAGAGGUAAACGUGACUCUCAAAUGAUACUGAUGAGAUUCCUGAACAAGGUUCAUUUCAAUUCUGAGAUGACUCCACUCGAAUUGGAAAUGUAUCAUCAAAUCAAAAACGUUAUUGGUGUGAAUCCUAGUUUCUAUGAAUACGUGCUAAUGGUAGACGCUGAUACUGAAGUCUUACCGGAUUCAUUGAAUCGACUAGUUUCUGCUUUUAUGCAUGAUACCAGAGUAAUGGGAUUAUGUGGUGAAACUCAACUUGCUAACGAAAAAGAUUCUUGGGUAACGAUGAUUCAAGUCUAUGAAUACUUUAUUUCUCAUCAUUUGGCAAAAGCUUUCGAAUCAUUGUUUGGUACUGUCACAUGUUUGCCUGGAUGUUUUUGCAUGUACCGUGUCCGUACACCUGAUACACAUAAACCCUUACUGAUUGCCAACGAUUUGAUCACCGAUUAUUCGGAAAACAUUGUCGAUACUCUUCAUAAGAAGAAUUUAUUACAUCUUGGUGAAGAUCGUUACUUGACAACUCUCAUGAUGAAACAUUUCCCUCGAAACAAGAUGACAUUUGUUCCUGACGCUCAAUGUAAAACUAGUGCACCCGAUCAAUGGUCUGUUCUUCUUUCUCAACGUCGUCGAUGGAUUAACUCUACUGUUCACAAUUUAAUGGAAUUGAUGUUCUUGCCUCAACUCUGCGGUUUCUGCUGUUUCUCUAUGCGUUUUGUGGUUAUGCUUGAUCUUUUUGCCACUUUGGUUAUGCCUGCAACUGUCGCCUAUCUUGGAUAUCUUAUUUACACCAUUAUUGACGAUCCUUCGACUAUUCCAGUCACAUCUUUGUUUUUAUUGGCCGCUGUGUAUGGUUUACAAGCAAUUAUCUUUAUCCUACGACGUAAAUGGGAACAUGUUGGUUGGAUGAUUGUAUAUAUCUUUGCUAUCCCUGUUUUCUCCUUCUUCCUUCCUAUCUAUGCUUUCUGGCAUUUCGAUGAUUUCUCAUGGGGUAAUACUCGUAUGGUAGUAGGUGAAAAGGGUAAAAAGAUUUUGAUAACCGAUGAAGGCAAAUUUGAUCCAAAGAGUAUUCCUAAAAAGAAGUGGUCAGAUUACGAACAAGAAUUAUGGGAAGUAGGAUCAACAGGUUCUCAUGAAUCUCGAAGAUCCGAUCAUUCAUAUCGUAGCCAUCAUUCUUCAAAGAAAGGUGGCUCUGUUGCUGGCUCUCGUGCUGGAUCAGCUUACGGUGACUAUUAUGAAGAAGCUAAACAAAGAGGUCGAGAUCGAUCACCAGCACCAGCACCACAAUAUGACCCAGAUACCCGACGUUCUUUUGCAACUACCGAACGCUUAUCCCGUGCAUACUCUCAUGAUGCAUAUGGUUCUAACACACCUGGAUCGCGUCCAAUUAGUGCAGUCGAUUCCUACUUUGCAGGGGCACCUGGCUCAGUGAUAGACAACUUCCCUUCAGAUGAAGAAAUUCUACAAGAAAUUCGCAAUAUUUUAGCCAGCGCCAAUUUAAUGUCAAUCACCAAAAAACAAGUUCGCGAUGAUUUGUCACAAUACUUUGGCAUUGAUAUGAAUCUAAAGAAAGAGUACAUUAAUAGUUGCAUUGAACUUGUUCUACAAGGAAAAAUAUGA